AUGGACGCUCUGCUCCUCUUCCUGGUGCUCCUGUGCCGGUGCCCUCAGGCUGCUGCAGAGUUAGGAGACACCAUCCAGGCCGUCUCCGGGGCCGUGAGGGAGGCGGUGGAGCUGCCAUGUCCCUCGCCACGCACCCUGCAUGGGGAUGAACAUCUGUCCUGGUUCCGCAACUCUGGAGCAGGCUCCCCGACAGUCCUGGUGGCCCAAGCCCCAAUGGUCAGACCAGCCCCGCAUGCUGGGAAGUCCGGAAGGGAGUCCAGGCCCAAGCUGUUGGGGAAUCACUCUCUGUGGCUGGAGGGCAUCACAGAGGGGGAUGCUGGGCGGUACUGGUGUGCCGUGAUGGGCCAGCACUACAAUUACCAGAACUGGAGGGUGUACGACCUUUCUGUGCUCAGAGGCUCCCAGUUAUCUGCAAGGGCUGCAGAUGGAACCCCCUGCUCUGUCCUCUUGUGCUCUGUGAUCCCCCCGAGACGGCUGGAUUCUGUGACUUGGCUGGAGGGGAAGGGCACUGUGAGGGGCCAGGUACAGUUCUUCUGGGGUGAGGGCUCUGCCUUGCUCUUGGUGUGUCGUGGAGAGGGGCUUCCUGAGCCCCGGAGCAGCCGCAGACCAAGGAUCAUCCGCUGCAUCGAGUCUCAGAACAAAGGGGUCAGCUUCAGCCUGGCAGCCCCUGUGGAUGUCUCUCCGGCGCCCUGUGCCCCCUCCACAGGCUGGGACCUGCCCUGGAUGCUAAUGCUGAUGCUGGUGGCUGGCCAGGGCCUGGCCAUCCUUGCCCUCAGCAUUGUGCUCUGGAGGCGCAGAGCCCUGGGGGCUCCCAGCAGAGCUGCCGCCACGCCUCAGUUCAAACCCGAGAUCCAGGUCUAUGAGAACACCCAUCUGGCCUGUUUUGGCCUGCCUGCCCCCAAGACCAGGUGACCCAGGGACGUCUGGGGCUGGAAAGUGCGACCUGCUUUUCCCAGGCCAUCUGGCACACCAAGGAUGCCGUGGGGGGCCAGGGGGGCUGAGCAUGGACCUCCUCAUCAGAGUCCCCUGUCAAGUUGUGGUGGGAAGAGGCUGAAGGAAAAGAGGAAUGCUAUUCCGUGA